CGAUGAUGAAAUCUUGGAGAUCAAUGGCGAGAGCACCAAGGGCAUGAAGCACGCGCGAGCCAUUGAGCUCAUCAAGAAUGGAGGCCGACGUGUCCAUCUGGUGCUCAAGAGGGGGUGACGGCUCUGUGCCUGAAUAUGACGGCCAUCAUCGACGACAGCGCAGCCAACCCAGCCUCAGGGCUACAAAACGCUGCGGAAGUGAAUGCCCAGCCCCCCGAAACGAUGCACCAUUAGUGUCAAGCGACCCACCCAGAACCCCAACAAUCAUCCCGGAGCAAGAAGGAGCGGGCCGCCACUCUAACGGCACUAGCAGGCACCACCAUUCCAACCACCGCCGCCACCACUCCCCCAGUAAGAAACCAGCACGGGAAAACACAAGGGGAGAAAGUCACGGGGAGGAGAAUGUUUCCAAGCCGCACCAGAGAGAUAGGAGGAGUGAAGGCCACACACCACCAUUCUAGCGGGAACCACCGUAGCCGCCACCGCUCACCAAAUAAGGGGCACAGCCGGUCGCGCAGUGCAGAUAACACCCUGGAUGACCGCCAUGGGGGGCACCGCAGAGGCCGUUCCCCAGACAGGCGCCACCAUCGCCACAGCUCACCCCACCGCUCUCCUCAUCGUUCUUCUCACCAUUCCCCUCGCCGUCACCGGUCUCCCUACCGGUCCCCCUACCACUCUCGGCACCACUCCCCCACCAGACGCCGGGCCCACUCAUCAGACCCCCUACGCCGGUAUGUCUCUCCACAGAGACAGACCCGCAGCAAUGAGAAGCCCACUGUAGAUGACACUGUAUUGAAGGAGCCUGUCAAAACUCCUGAACCCAGCUUCACUCUGGAAGACAGCAUCUUACGAGAGUCCUCAGCCCUGGACCGCUUAAAUAGGGAGGUCACACUACCGCCACUGCGCAGGGAAGAACGCCCAUAUGGGGAGGACAGCCUGCUGAUGAAAGCCUCUGCCAUGGAGAGGGCCUACAAGGGAAAUACACUGCUGAGGGACAUGGCGUCUCGCAACCAGAGAGACUUCACCCUGCCCAGAGUACGCACCCCAGACUCAGAUUCAGCUUACAAGAAGUACAGCACGCUGCUGAGGGGUCGUUCGGCUGAGAGGCUUGACAGGAAUGAGCGCUACCCCAGCCGAGACAGUACCCCUGAACCUCGGUACCGUUCCCACAGUCUCGGACGAGACAUAUCCCCAAUCAGGAGCUUCAGGAAUGACGACUCAGAGGAUGAAGAGGAUGACGACAAUUUUGUGGCAGCUCAUCUGACAGAGUACUAUAGCACGCUCAAGAACAAGGCCAACACCAGUCGCUCAUCCAAGCCCACGCUUCCUGAGCCCAAGAAGACCUACAAGGAUAAUCCCAAAGACCUGAGCAUCUGAUUGGACAGCUGUCAGACGAUCACAGCAACCACCCACAAAACACCUCAAAUACUUAGUACCAUUACCACUCAGUUCUACAGAAAUGCACCCAACUUGUCUAGACAUGCUGACACAAACACGCACACCAAACACCACACAUGUACACACAACAUAACACUGAGUUACUAACAAGGCCGAAAUUCCAAAAUGACUUUUGAAAGCUGUUUUUUUUUUGUUUUCAUUUCUUUUUUUGAAUUGUAUAUUUGAUUUUUUUUUUUUUCCUCUUUGUUUUCUUGUUUUUUGUUUAAACGUUCUACAUUUACAGAUACUCAGACUUUUCCAGAAAAUGUAAAACCAUAAAAAACAAUGAUGUGCCUAACAGUUCCAUUAACAAACAACAUUUUGUUUUGGAUUUGAUAUGUGGAGGGCAUUUUAGGUGCCCCACUGAUGAUGAAAUGUAUGUACUUUUCCACAAGGAUCCCUUGGAAGUACUGCGCACCUGGAUCACCAUAACCGGUGCUCACAAUGAUGCUGUGCAUGUCUUUACCGGUUUCAAUGUCUGUCUGUCUCUUUCUCUCUCUGUCUGUCUCUCUCUCUGUCUCUCUUGCUCUCUCUUCUCUCUCUUUCCUUCCAGUGCCACUGUUUUUUAGACAUUUGACCAGACUAUAGCACAAGCCUGCAUUUGUUUGUAUAUUUUUGACAGUUUGCAGUAUGUGUACAUUCAGAGGUGAUCAUUUUAAAUGAAUGAAGGGAAAUUUAAAAAGUUAAACUAUGAUGAUGUUAAAAUAAAAUAAUAUA